CAGGGCUCAGCAGCUGGAAACUCCCUCCACAGCUGGCAGGAACUCCCUCCACAGCUGGCACGAAACUCCCUCCACAGCUGGCAGGAACUCCCUCCACAGCUGGCACGAAACUCCCUCCACAGCUGGUAGGAACUCCCUCCACAGCUGGCAGGAACUCCCUCCACAGCUGGCACGAACCUCCCUCCUCCACAGCUGGGAUUUCAUCAGCGCCUCCAACCAGCUGUGAGACAGCAGCCUCGCAGCCUGUGCGAGUGCCCUGGAGCCUUACAGGGAUCAACCCAUCUGACAGGUGACUUUACAAAGACUGAAAGCCCAGGUGCUGCAGGGGCAGUGGAGGACGGAGCAGGAAUGGGACCGUGACCACAUGGAGAGUUCUGGGGCUGCAGCUCAGCCCCGCUCUGCUCCACCGACCCUGUUGCAGGGGACCAUGGCAAGCAGGUGCUGAGAUAGAGUGCUUGGCAGAAGAAGCAGUGGGCUGGUGGAGAUGGAGAAUGGCACAGGACAAGAGCAGAACCAGACUGGGCUGCCACUAUCGAGCCAGGACAUCAUUACAGCCGAAUACCAAGUGGUUACCAUCCUCUUGGUCCUCGUCAUCUGCGGACUGGGCAUUGUGGGCAACAUCAUGGUGGUUUUGGUGGUGCUCAGAACCAAGCACAUGAGAACUCCCACUAACUGCUAUCUGGUGAGUCUGGCCGUGGCAGAUCUCAUGGUGCUCGUGGCUGCAGGACUCCCCAAUAUCACAGAGAGCCUCUACAGAUCCUGGGUGUACGGCUACGUCGGGUGUCUCUGCAUCACUUAUCUGCAGUACCUGGGAAUCAACGCUUCUUCUUUCUCCAUCGCUGCCUUCACCAUUGAGAGGUACAUAGCCAUCUGCCACCCAAUCAAAGCUCAAUUCCUAUGCACCUUUUCAAGAGCCAAAAAGAUCAUUAUUUUUGUUUGGGCUUUCACCUCCAUGUACUGUAUGCUCUGGUUUUUCUUGCUAGACCUAAAUACAGAAGCCUACAAAGAGACUACUGUUGUGUCCUGUGGCUACAAGGUCUCCAGGAGCUACUACUCUCCUAUCUACAUGAUGGACUUUGGCAUAUUUUAUGUUUUGCCAAUGGUAUUGGCAACUGUCCUCUAUGGUCUGAUUGCUAGAAUACUGUUCCUGAACCCUGUCCCUUCAGACCCUAAAGAAAACUCUAAGACCUGGAGGAACGAUGUGGCUCACCAAAGUAAGCCUGUGAAUUCCAAGAUGGGUAACAGGAGUUUCAAUAGCACAAUUGCUUCUCGAAGGCAGGUUACCAAGAUGCUGGCCGUGGUUGUGAUCCUAUUUGCAUUCCUAUGGAUGCCCUACCGCACCCUGGUUGUGGUCAAUUCCUUUCUCUCCAGACCCUUCCAAGAAAACUGGUUCCUGCUAUUUUGCAGAAUCUGUAUUUAUUUAAAUAGUGCCAUCAAUCCUGUAAUUUAUAAUCUCAUGUCCCAGAAAUUCAGAGCAGCCUUCAGGAAACUGUGCAACUACCAGCAGAAACAGGAGAAGAAACCUGCCAGUUACAGCAUGGCCCUAAAUUACAAUGUCAUAAAGGAUUCUGAUCAUUUCAGCACUGAGCUGGAAGAUAUUACCCAUACCUACCUGUCCUCUGCAAAAUUGUCCAUUGGUGAUACGUGUUUGUCAUCCAAGGCCUGAUGCCCACCUUAUUCUGAGUAUGCAGCCAUACAAGAGGUUUGGAUGCUCUGUUCCCACCAAUUGUAUGAAUUGUGAGGACCUUUCUGCUCGCAGACUUGCAGAAGCUGCCAUAAAUCUUUAAAUAACUGCAUCUGCUCUACAAGAAAAAGCAGCAUCUCGGGGAGUGAAAAGAGUGUAUAAUUGAGGCUAACUGAAUUAAGUAGUUAACACAACCUCACUUUAAGCAGGUGAGCUGGCUUCAGUAGAAUACCAAAAUCCUUCUUCCCAUUAACUGAAGAGUGAUCUGUGAUCUCAGAAUGAGCAAGGACAUAUCCAUGGACACAGAGUGGGGCAGUGGAAGGGGAGAGAUGAGGAGAGGAGCUGCUCUAAUGUGUGGCUGCACCGGGCAGUACCCGGGGGACCUCCCAACAGCAGCCAAAAUUGCUGCUACUAGCAGUAAUUACCUGCCAAUGACUCCCUCAUCCCGCUUCUGUGCAAAUCUCAUUGCAGCCAUCACAGCACACUUCAAUAAACAGGUAUCUGAUGGCAAAGAGCAAAAAGUCUUUCUUUGGUUUAUUUUUUACCUUGAGCAGCAUGAAAUAGGAAUGAAUUUGCAGCAGGGAGCAAACAAAUUAAAAAGUCAGUAAGAGCACCUUAAGUCAUUUAAAAUAUCUUAUUUUUUUCAGCAAUCAGGUUUAUAGAUGUACCAAUUUAAGUGUAAGUCUCAGCUAUUACUGAAUCCUGUUGGAACUUGACAGAUAUUGAAGAGCAUGCAACAGGCUUUUACCAGCUCCUUUUAUCUUGGUUCAAUACCAAUUGUGUCUAAGAGUGCUGGAAGGGGUUUAGAGCUUUAAUAUCGAUAAUAUCUGGGGAAAAGAGCAAGAUUCAGAGAAAAAUGACACUUUAAAAAGUAUCUGUUAAAAUACUCUAGGACAUAAAUUGUUGUCAGAAGAGAAGUCAUUGUGGCUUUUUACUUGCCAGCACAACCCCUUCCCUGCUCUUCCCUCACAGGCCCAUGGUAAGCAGCCUGGGGCCAUAGUCUCCCUGGUGUAGCUGCAGACAAAAUAUCCUGUAUUGCUUUGGCUUUGCUCUAGACCAGCUCUUGUUCUUGCUGCAAAUACAUUUUCUCACUUCUGUGCAGCAGAAGCUCAGGAAAGUGCCUGUGUAUUCCUGCUUGUCAUGAACAUUUUGCACAGCUUUUGUACAUGACAUUUAAAAACCUGUAAAAAACCCGAUUCACAGAAUUGGCUGAUUUGGAAGGGACCCAGAAGGAUCAUCGAGUCCAGCUCCCAGCCCUUCACAGCCCCACCCCCAAGGGUCACAAACCUGCCCUGUGUGGGUGAGAGGUAGCCUCUACAGCAUUUUGAGGUUUUCCUAUCCAGUAUUCUUUGCCUACACAGCCUCUUCCCUAAUUCAAGCCACUUUAAUAUUCAACCAUAUUUUCAAACUUAAAGAGAACUAAAAAUACCCUGAUAGGCCUCAGUUUUUAAUUUUAAAACCAUGAACCUGUGUCUGCUACAUCCAAAGGACUCUGUUGGGCAUUCUCUACAUGGCAAGGAGGAAGCAAAAAAAAUAUCUCUCACUGGACAUAAUCAAGAACCAUCUGGACUCAGCCCUGUGCCAUGUGCCC